UUGUUGUUGACCAGUCUUGGAAGGGGAAGCUGAGGAACUGCGCGUCCCUCUGCCAGGGGUGUCAGAGGCGGUAUUACGCACUUUCACCGCUAUCUGAUUCACGUAGAUCUGUAGGCCUAUCUAUGCGGAUCGGUCACAUAUGCAACGAAAAGCAGUUUUUUUUCUGUUGUAUUUAAAUAGGCUACCAAUGUUAUGUGUGUUUGCCGUAGGCUAUAGCCCUUGAACACGAUCUGAAUCAUUGUCGGGACUAAAAUAACUCGUGUCGAAAUGUCCUCUCGUCUAUAACUAGAACACAGACUGCAAGUCUACUUUAACAGAAGAGGUGGCGACCAACGUGAACUUGUUGCAAGAAUUGUCACAAUUGCUGGGUGGUCAUUUACAGUGUCUGCUACAUUUAUCCUAGAAAACUGCAUGACGUCGGUCAGAUUAAAGCGAAUGUUUGCAAGUCGAGAAGUCUACAACGCUGAAAGAUGAAGGGGUCUGAAUCUCUUCAGGAUUUGAAAAGGCAAGUUUGUAUAACAAUUGAUGAAGCCAAGGAUAAAUUUUGGCACCUUAGCCAAGACAUUUGGACUUGUCCAGAGCUAGCGUAUGAAGAGAAAAAAGCGCAUGACAGACUGGUAAGAUUUUUCAGUGAAGACAACGGAUGGAUCGUGGAAGGUCACUAUAAACUUGACACGGCAUUUUGCGCAACAUGGGGACCCUUCGAAGGAAAGUGCGCUGACAAUGAAGUUCAUAUUGGUUUCUUGUGUGAAUACGAUGCUUUGCCUGGAAUGGGGCACGCUUGUGGCCACAAUUUGAUAGCAGAAGUGGGGGUAGCAGCAGCAACAGGCUUAAAGGUUUUGUUGGAAACUCUGUCAGACUGUCCACGUGUUAAGAUUACUGUUUUUGGAACUCCUGCAGAGGAAGCUGGUGGGGGGAAGGUUGACAUGAUUGAUAAGGGGGCCUUUGAGGGGCUAGAUGUGGUGUUCAUGGCACAUCCUUCACAAGAGGAUGCCACCUAUUUGCCAAUUAUUGCUGAGCACGAUGUUGUUGUGAGGUACCAUGGCAAAGCCGCCCAUGCCGCUGGCUAUCCUUGGGAAGGAAUCAAUGCUCUUGAUGCAGCUGUCCUUGCCUAUAACAACCUUUCUGUUCUCAGGCAGCAGCUGAGGCCAGACUGGAAAGUACAUGGUAUUAUUCGUCAUGGUGGGGUUAAACCCAACAUCAUCCCAGACUUCACCGAACUUGAAUAUUACCUGCGAACACCAUCACGCAAAGACCUGCAAACUAUCCGAGCCAAAGCUGAAAUGUGUUUCAAAGCAGCAGCCAUGGCAACAGGUUGUGAGGUUGAAGUUCUAUUUGCAAAAAAUGAGUUUCACAACUUAUUGCGUAUUCCUACGCUGGAAAGGCUGUUUGAACAGAAUGGAAAAGCUUUAGGCAUGGAGUUCAUCCCAGACAUCAAUGGCUCUGAGGGUUCAACAGAUUUUGGGAAUGUAUCAUUUGUUGCACCUGGUAUUCACCCCAACUUCUACAUUGGUUCUGAAGCUUUAAACCAUACAAAAGAAUACACAGUGGCAGCUGGUUCAGAGACAGCACAGUUCUACACUUUGCGGACUGCCAAAGCUUUGGCUAUGACAGCCCUUGAUGUCAUUUUCUGCCCAGAGAUGAUGCAGAGGGUGAAAGUAGAAUUUAAUGAGGCUAAACUGAAAGAAGAAUGAGUAUAAAAUUGAACAAGACAAAGGGCGAGCCUCUCAACACUGAAUAAUAACUUAAUAGAAAAACAACUUAGCCAAGCUUGGAAAGAUGAUCAACUUAAGGGAGAAUUCCGGCAGCACUCUGGGGGCAUGUUCAUGAGCAGCUACUGCUACACUCCGGGGGUAUGUUCGUGAGCAGCUACUGCAACACUCUGGGGGCAUGUUCGUGAGCAGCUACUACUCUGGAGGCAUGUUCAUGAGCAGCUACUGCAACACUCUGGGGGCAUGUUCGUGAGCCGCUACUGCAACACUCUGGGGGCAUGUUCGUGAGCCCCCAUGUUCACUGUAGCUGUCUGCGCAGAUCCAGCUGUUGGCUGCAGCAACUUGAGCUAUAGGUAGAACCAAUUGUUUUCGUUUUUUUACGCACCAGCAGUACUAGUGAACACGAGAAACAGAGAUCUAUGUGAAAAAUCGCUGGAAUUCUCUUUUAAAUGGGACAUAAACAACAUGAGACAUGGCUAAUAUUGUUAGGAUUUAAAUAAUGACUAAUUCUUAUAUAAUAAAUAAUUACUCUUCCUCCAC